GGACCGGAAGGGCGUUAGGGAAGGCUUUACACAAUGGCGGGACCCGUCGGCUUGCGAGAGCUUCUGAUGGGAGCCUCAGCCUGGACAGGCUCUGAAAGUCCGGGAGGGACCCCUACAGAGAGCGGAGGGAACGCGGCUAGCGGACCGGAGCCUCCUUGGCGGGAGGAUGAGAUCUGCGUGGUGGGAAUCUUCGGAAAGACGGCUUUGCGCCUGAAUUCUGAGAAGUUCUCGCUUGUGAACACGGUGUGCGACCGACAGGUCUUUCCCCUCUUUCGCGAACAAGAUCCUGGGGAUCCAGGGCCUGGGAACAAGACUGAAGCUGGCGCCUCCGAGACAGGUGGAGCCGGAGACCCUGGGGCCGGGGAACCAGUACGGGGAGGAGUAGCGGCCGCGGAAGGGAACCGAACGGAGCCAGGCGCUCAUGACUACAGUCUUCUGCAGGCCUAUUACAAUCAGGAAAGCAAAGUUUUGUUUCUUCUUCUUACUUCCAUUUGUGACAACUCACAGCUUCUCCGGGCUUGUCGGGCCCUUCAGAGUGGAGAAGCAGGAGGUGGCCUCUCUUUACCUCAUGCAGAAGCCCACGAGUUCUGGAAGCACCAGGAGAAGCUGCAGUGCCUCAGUCUCCUUUACCUUUUCUCCGUUUGUCACAUCCUGCUUCUGGUCCAUCCCACUUGUUCCUUUGACAUCACCUAUGAUCGGGUAUUCAGAGCCUUGGAUGGGUUGAGACAGAAAGUACUGCCCCUCCUAAAAACAGCCAUUAAGGAUUGUCCAAUUGGCAAAGAUUGGAAGUUAAACUGCCGACCUUGUCCACCCAGACUCCUUUUCCUCUUUCAACUCAAUGGCGCUCUCAAGGUAGAACCCCCUCGGAAUCAAGACCCAGCUCACCCAGACAAGCCCAAAAAGCAUUCUCCCAAAAGGAGACUGCAGCAUGCCCUGGAGGACCAGAUCUAUAGAAUCUUCCGGAAGAGCCGUGUCUUGACUAAUCAGAGCAUCAACUGCCUUUUUACUGUACCUGCCAACCAAGCUUUUGUGUAUAUAGUUCCUGGAAGCCAGGAGGAAGACCCAGUAGGCAUGUUACUGGACCAACUUAGGAGUCAUUGCACUGUGAAGGACCCAGAAUCUUUGCUGGUGCCUGCACCCCUUUCUGGGCCUAGGAGAUACCAGGUGAUGAGGCAGCACAGCCGACAACAACUUUCCUUCCACAUUGACAGCAGCAGUUCCAGUUCUUCAGGCCAGCUAGUGGAUUUCACCCUUCGAGAAUUCCUAUGGCAGCAUGUGGAGCUAGUCCUGAGCAAGAAAGGUUUUGAUGACAGUGUGGGCAGAAACCCACAGCCUUCCCAUUUUGAACUUCCCACAUAUCAGAAGUGGAUCUCAGCAGCUUCAAAACUGUAUGAAGUGGCUAUUGAUGGGAAAGAGGAGGACAUGGGAUCUCCCACUGGGGAACUAACAUCUAAGAUUUUAAGCAGUAUUAAAGUCUUGGAAGGGUUUUUGGAUAUUGACACAAAAUUCUCCGAAAACCGGUGCCAAAAAGCUUUACCCAUGGCCCAUAGUGCCUACCAGUCAAAUUUGCCCCAUAAUUACACAAUGACUGUCCAUAAGAAUCAGCUGGCCCAGGCCCUUCGAGUAUAUAGUCAACAUGCUAGGGGUCCAGCCUUUCAUAAAUACGCCAUGCAGUUACAUGAAGACUGCUACAAAUUUUGGAGCAAUGGUCAUCAGCUCUGUGAGGAGAGGAGUUUAACUGAUCAACACUGUGUACAUAAAUUUCACUCAUUACCUAAAUCAGGAGAAAAACCAGAAGCUGAUAGAAAUCCUCCUGUGCUUUAUCACAAUAGUCGAGCUCGAUCCACUGGUGCCUGUAACUGUGGAAGGAAACAAGCACCUCGAGAUGAUCCCUUUGAUAUCAAGGCAGCUAACUAUGACUUUUAUCAGCUUCUGGAAGAAAAAUGUUGUGGAAAAUUGGAUCAUAUCAAUUUCCCAGUAUUUGAACCAAGCACUCCAGAUCCUGCUCCUGCCAAAAAUGAAUCCUCUCCUGCCCCUCCAGAUGCAGAUGCUGAUAAACUUAAAGAAAAAGAACCUCAAACCCAAGGAGAGAGCACAAGCCUGAGUUUAGCUUUGAGUUUAGGCCAGUCUACAGAUAGUUUAGGUACCUAUCCAGCUGAUCCACAAGGAGGAGGAGAUAAUCCAGAAGUUCAUGGUCAAGGAGAGGUAAAAAAUGAGAAGAGACCAAACUUGAUUGAUCGACAGGCAUCCACAGUUGAGUAUCUCCCAGGCAUGCUACAUUCAAAUUGCCCCAAAGGUCUCCUACCCAAAUUCUCCAGCUGGUCUUUGGUUAAACUAGGUCCUGCUAAAUCAUAUAACUUUCAUACCGGUUUGGACCAACAGGGCUUUAUUCCAGGAACUAACUAUCUUAUGCCUUGGGACAUUGUCAUCAAGACUAGAGCUGAAGAUGAAGGGGACUUAGACACAAAUUCUUGGCCUGCUCCGAAUAAGGCUAUUCCUGGAAAGAGAAGUGCAGUUGUAAUGGGAAGAGGAAGACGGAGAGAUGACAUAGCCCGAGCUUUUGUGGGCUUUGAGUAUGAAGACUCUCGAGGUCGGAGAUUUAUGUGCUCAGGACCUGACAAAGUAAUGAAAGUAAUGGGAAGUGGGCCAAAGGAAUCAGCUUUAAAAGCCCUCAAUAGUGAUAUGCCCUUAUAUAUUCUGUCAUCAUCUCAGGGUCGAGGGCUAAAACCACAUUAUGCUCAACUUAUGAGGCUUUUUGUUGUGGUUCCUGAUGCUCCUUUACAGAUAAUACUAAUGCCUCAGGUUCAGCCAGGUCCACCACCAUGUCCAGUAUUCCACCCAGAAAAACAAGAAAUCACCCUCCCACCUGAUGGCCUCUGGGUUUUGAGGUUUCCUUAUGCAUAUGUGACUGAGAGAGGACCUUGUUUCCCUCCUAAGGAAAACGUACAAUUAAUGAGUUACAAGGUGCUCCGUGGGGUUCUUAAAGCAGUAACACAAUAGGUAUUUCCAGCCACUUUAAUUCCUAAACUUGAAUUGGUUUUUGUUUUGGGAAUAUAUGUUUUCUUUUUUCUUUGUUUUAUUUUUGUUUAUGUAUGUGCAAAUUGUGUUUUCUCGAACCCAAAGUGUGUUUUGGUUACAAGAGUUCAGUAUUUGGACAGUAAUUUUUCAGCUAUUUCAUGAUAUCGUUUAUAUUUAUUGGAAUGGGGCUAGAAAUAAAGAUUGGCUGUUCUAGAAAAAAGGUCAUAAAAUACAUGGUUGAUACAUCUGUUUUCUCAUUUCUGUCUCACUGUCCUUAAUAAAACAUGUUUCUACCAAAACUGAGUGUUGUAUAAACAUGUUGAGCCAAAACCUUAUUUUUGCUAAAACUAUUAUUUUAGUUGGGAUUUUCCUUAAGAUGCUCUUCCUAAAAUUGUCCUCAAAGCAAAAUGUUCUGUUAGUUAUAUGGUAACAGUAUGAAGACUGAUUUGACUAAAUUGUAGGAAAGCACAGUUGUUUGUCUCACAAUUUUGGUACCUGAGUUAGAUUAUUUUGUUCUUAGAAUUUCAUUUUUGGACUGAUGUGAGAACAAAUUUUAAAUGAAUGUUAUCUGUACUAAAAAUUUUAAUCCAAAAUAUUAAUGCAGCUUUAUUCUUUAAAAUUCCUAUACUUUGAAACAAUUUGCUAAGUGAUACAGAUCUUAUCAGUCUAUGAUCACUUUCAUCGGCAUCAAGAUGGUGACAAGAAAUAUAUCACCAGUUAGAAUCACUGGAUCAGAACGGACUUCAGAAAACAUCCUUUGGUCUGUUGAAAAUAGAAGAAUGAAAACUGCAUGUCAGAUGUUCCAGCUGAAUAUUUUGGCUCUGGUCUUAAGACAUAUGAAUGGAAUUCUGGGGUUUGUGCCUUCUGGUCCCAGUGAUACAUGUCACUCAUCGUUUGCAUCUGCUGUCUAGAACACUAGUGAUUUGGAUAACACAAUUUUUAAAUGGGAUUGAAAUGACAAGUUGAAGGAAUUGUUGGACUGGAACCCAAGUGUUCUUUUCGCUGAACUGCUUCCUGGAUCUGCCAAGUCUGAUAUGCUUCAAAAGAGUUUGAAGUGGGAAUUUCCCUGAUGGUGUCUUCUAUAAAGAGCAAGACUAUUGUUUUCAAGAUCUUUUCAAGAAAACUGAUGCUACUUCCUCUUCAACCUCUUGAACAGAAUGAAGUUUGGUGACCUUGUAAUAGCAACAAAAGUCACUGGCUGUAUAGUCUUAGGCAAACUACUUUUUUUGCUUUAAUUUUCUCUUAUUAGAUACUCAUAACAGCCCUGUGAAAUUAGAUACUACUUUCCCCAUUUUACAGAUGUGACCUAUGUCAAAGGAGUCUAAAUCCAGGGAUCUUUUUGAUAAGCCACAGAUACCUCCAUAUUUGAUGGUUAAUUAUUUUUAGUUAUGUAUUUUUCUAUUAAUAUUUAUCAUAUACAUGUAUGUGUCUGCGCUCAUUGUAAGUACUAGUCAUCAAAUUUAAAGAAAAGUUGCCAUUAGGUGAUAUUUUGGAAAAGGGAAACAGAAACAUGCAUAUCAGCUGAUCUUUGUGAUAUAGAUUGAUAUAGUUUUUAAUCCUUAACAGAAGGUUUUUCAAUCUGAAUUAACUUAAAAUGUUUUAGUUUUUAAAGUUUGUUUUAUUUGGA